UUUAGUUUAAACAUUUUUUUUACGAGCUCAUAUACAUAAAAGAAAAAGCUAAAACUAAAACUCUAAAAUAGUAAAGCUACCAAAUUCAAUUCAUUACGGCAUGGCUCAAAAUAUAAAAAGUACGAAUAUUAUACGAUAUCAAGUAUCAACCCCAUCCACAUUGCUAUAAAAUAAACCAAACUUUCCCUCUCCAUUUUCAAUAAUCUCUCAUCUUCUUUCGUCUCUCUUUCUACGGUUCAAACCUCAAACCUUAAGAACGAUGGAGAAGCGAAGCUUUAUUAAGAACAGAGGAGUACUUAGAUUACCACCUGGGUUCCGAUUCCACCCGACCGAUGAAGAGCUAGUGGUUCAAUAUUUACGUCGAAAAGUAACCGGUUUACCUUUACCAGCUUCUGUAAUACCGGAAACCGAUGUUUGUAAAUCCGAUCCAUGGGAUUUACCAGGUGAUUGUGAAUCAGAGAGGUAUUUUUUCAGCACAAGGGAAGCUAAAUACCCGAACGGAAACCGGUCGAACCGGUCUACUGGUUCGGGUUAUUGGAAAGCGACUGGUAUCGAUAAGCAAAUCGGUAAGAAGAAGCUUGUCGUGGGGAUGAAGAAAACUCUGGUUUUCUACAAAGGUAAACCACCAAACGGGACAAGAACUAACUGGGUUCUUCAUGAAUAUCGUCUUGUUGAUUCACAACAAGAAUCAUCAUAUGGACAGAACAUGAACUGGGUUCUGUGUCGAGUGUUCUUGAAGAAGAGAAGCAAUAGUACUAAUAAUAAGAGGAAAGAAGAUGAGAAAGAAGAGAUUGAGAAUGAGAAAGAUAAAGAGAAAGAAAGUGAGGAUGAGAAUAAUAAGAGUACUACUUGUCCCAUUUUUUAUGACUUUAUGAGAAAAGACAUGAAGAAAAAGAGAAGAAGAAGAAGAAGAUGCUGUGAUUUGAAUUUGACUCCUGCUACGUCUACGUGUUGUUGUUCUUCUUCUUCUUCAGCGUCUUCGUCGUCUGUUUGCUCAAGUGCUUUAACUCACACAUCUUCUAAUAAUAAUCAUCAUGAAGAAAUCAGUUGUAGGGAAAAUAAUAAGUUUUGUUUGUUUCUCUAGAUUUAAAGCAACUUCUUUUUAACUUUAAUAAAUUAAUUUAUGAUGAUUACCAAAGUGAUUAUAUAUGCAACAGACGGUAGUUUCUCAUGGUUGUUUUUCUUGGUGUUGGUAAUUAAUAGCCACAUUUUUGAGCG